UUGUUCAUUGGUUCGAGGUACCCACCAUCCCUCUACAAAACUCUCCUGUUUUUCUUCAUUUUCACACAAAAACAGAAAUUAAAAGACUCUUUCUCUCUACAUAUAUAUAUAUACCUUUAAAUAUACAUAGCCUCUGUUUGUGCCAAAAGCUUCAAGUUUUUUAAAUCGGUUUUACGCAAAUGGUUGUUGAUGAUUUAUGCAACACAAGCCUGGUUUUAGGCUUGAGUAACUUUUCAUCUACUGUUGAACGAACGUCGUCUAAAAAAUUAUCAUCCCAAAAGUAUGAUGGGAAAAAUUGUGAGCCUUCAUUGACUUUGAGUCUUUCUGGUGAAACCUAUGAUCAGAUCCAGACGGUGAAGAAGGUGGAUUCUGAUAUCAAGGUUUCUAAUGAUCCGUCUGCUGAUUUCUAUAGACAAGAUAGUGCUGCUUCGUCUUUUUCUAAUGGUAGUGUGAAGAGGGAGAGAGAGGUUGGGAGUGAAGAGGUUGAAAUAGAAAAAGUUGUAUCAAGAGUUAGUGAUGAAGAUGAAGAUGGCUCCAAUGGAAGGAAGAAACUUAGGCUCACUAAAGCCCAGUCUGCCCUUUUGGAAGAAAGCUUUAAGCAACACAGUACUCUCAAUCCUAAACAAAAGCAAGACUUGGCAAGAGACCUGAAGCUUAGGCCUCGACAAGUUGAGGUUUGGUUCCAGAACAGGAGAGCAAGGACAAAGCUGAAGCAAACGGAAGUGGACUGUGAAUUCUUGAAGAAAUACUGUGAAACACUAACAGAACAAAACAAAAGACUGCAGAAAGAGUUACAAGAACUUAAGGCACAAAAACUAUCACAACCCUUAUACAUGCAGCUGCCGGCAGCCACCCUCACCAUGUGUCCUUCCUGUGAGAGGAUUGGCGGCCCCGCCGUUGGUGAAAAUAAGUCCAACAGUCCUUUUACAAUUGCCCCAAAGCCUCACUUCUAUAAUCCUUACACCAAUCAAUCAGCUGCUUGUUAAGUUUAGCUUUUUACUGGGCAGAUUAUAAUCCCCAACCCUUAUUUUAUUUUAUUUUAUUUGGUCAAGGGCAUACUAAUUAUAAAAAUUUCUGAUUGUGUUUUUUGUGAUCUUCAUAGUAAGUUAUUAAGUUUGCGGGUUUAUGUAUAAAUUAGUUCUGAUGUA